GAGGAAGGUCCUAGUGCUUCCGGGUUAUCUGCUCGGUUGCUACACGUGGGUAUGAUGGCUGCAUGUUUCUGCAAGGAAGCCAGGCUGUGACAAGAGGCGAGGAACUUCUGCGUGUGUGAUCUGUGCUGCAGCCGACAUACACCAAAAUGGAAUCUAUGGAAGACAGCUUCCCCCGUGGAGGCGUACAGAAGAAAUCAGAUAGAGCUGGCGUUCCGAAGAGACCUCGAGAAGAUGACAACCUCUUUUCUACACAUGAAGAUGUAGACGAAGUGAAGAAGAAAAAGACGAAAGUAUUAAGUGAGAAACCAAAGACUUUAAAGCCCCAGAAGAGUGCUGCAGUAAAAGACGAGGGCAUAGAGCUACUGAAUUACAAGAGCCUUCAGAAUGGCAUGUUGUUCCUGGGUUGUGUGAAAGAAGCAAAAGACUUUGAGUUGGCGGUAAACUUGCCUUACGGUUUCACCGGCUACGUCCAGGCAACUAAUGUUUGUGAGGCCUACACCAGAUUGCUUAAUGAGCAGGUUGAAAAAGAUGAACCACUGGAGGCUCUGUCACCGCUCUCGGUCCUGUACUCACCAGGGAUGCUGGUUAGAUGCGUGGUUAGUAGCCUGGAGACCACGUCUGGUGGCUACCACAGCAUCAAAUUGUCUCUGAACCCCAAACUGGUCAAUGCAGAUCUCAUGUCGGCGUCUCUGCAAAUGGGCAUGUUUCUCUGCGGCUGUGUGUCCAGCAUUGAAGAUCACGGAUAUCUCAUAGAUGUAGGGAUUGGAGGAACUAAAGCUUUCUUGCCUCGUCAGAAGGCCCAAGUGUACCUAAAUCAGACAAGUACAGCUGCAUCUCUGCGGGUCGGUCAGUAUUUAAACUGUGUGAUUGAUGAAGUAAAGAACGAUGGCCGAAUUAUACGCCUGUCCAUCACGCAGUCUGAUGUGGCAGCAGCUAUUGCCACGGAGGAGCAGAAGUGGACCCUGAAUAAUCUUCUGCCAGGUCUGGUGGUAAAAGCUCAGAUUCAGAAGAUCCUAACUGACCGAGUCAUCUUAUCCUUCCUGUCAUCCUACACUGGGGUUGUGGAUUUCUUGCACUUGGAGUCCAAGAAAGUCAGUUCUUACAAGGAAGAUCAGACAGUGAAAGCCUGUAUCUUAUGGAUUGACAGAUCUUCCAAGACCAUCAGACUGACCCUCCACAAGUGCUUCUUGCAGCCCGGGGGCUCUGUGAAGCAGCUGAGCAGUGACUGGAUCGGUACUUUAUACGAGAGCUGCACCGUGAAAUCAUUGCAUAAGAGUGCGGGCGCUGUCUUUCAGAUAGAUGGAAAAGAACUUGGUUUUGCAUUUAAGAAAAACCUUGGUUUUUCAAAGUCAAAACCUCUGAAUACGUUCAAGGAAGGAACAGUCCAUAAGGGGCGAGUUGUGGGCUUUAGCCCUAUGGAUGAGAUACUUCUGCUGUCUUUCAAAGCAGAUGUUAUUGGUAACUUUUAUUUGAGGCUUGAAGAUGUGCAGGUUGGACACAUUCUGGAGGGUACUGUAAAUAGUCUAACACCGGUAGGAAUGGUAGUGGAUAUCACCAAGCGCCUUAAUGGCCUUGUACCUACGCUUCACCUAGCCGAUGUCACCCUGCACCAACCAGAGAAGAAAUACACUCCUGGGAGCAAGAUCAAGUGCAGGGUUCUAAGUGUGGAUCCAUCAGCCAAGAAAUUGAUCUUGACCAGGAAAAAAAUUAUGAUCAACUCACCGUUGCCUAUCCUGACCACCUACCACGAGGCUACACCUGGUCUGGUCACUCAUGGCUUUAUUUGGACAAUAAAAGAUUUUGGGUGCAUUGUCAAGUUUUACAACAAUGUUCAAGGGCUGGCGCCGGUUCGGGAGCUGAGCUCUGCAUUCAUUUCCUCACCAGAAGAAGUUUUCUAUAAAGGACAGGUGGUUAAAGUAAGAGUAUUGGAGUGUAAUCCUGAGAAAGAGACUCUUCUGCUGUCCUUCAAGAUCUUAUCCGAAGAGGAGACUGCAGUCAAGAAAACCAAGUCUUCCAAAACCUGUGCAUAUGGGAAGAUUGUUGAUGUGAGAAUUGUAAGUAAGGCAGAUGAGGGGCUCGAUGUGCUGAUUCUGCCUGAGGAAAGUCCUGCGUUUCUUCCUAAGGCUCAUCUUUCUGAUCACAUCGCCAUUAGUGAGCUCUUGUGGCACAGUUUGAAGGAGGGUGAUCCCCUCGCUGGAGUAAUGGUCCUGAGCCUGUCCAAAGGCAGAACGAUACUAACCAGAAAAGCUGCCCUGAUCUCCUUCAUGGAAAAGGAGCCGGUUGUCAAUAACGUCUCUAAAGUGACGGUUGGGAUGGUGUUCACCGGAUUUGUGAAAAAUAUAAUGCCGUAUGGUAUCUUUGUGGAGUUCCCAUAUGGAUUUGUUGGUCUGGCUCCCAAAUCGAAAAUCAGUGACAAGUUUGUGACGAACAUCAAUGACCAUUUUGCGCUGGGGCAGACUGUGGUUGCAAAAGUGACAAAUAUAGACGAGAAGACGAGACGCAUCCUGGUAACCCUGAAGAUGUCCCAGUGUGCCCCUGACGACCGCUCGGCCGAGAGCUUUUCACGUCUGAGCCAGUGCUUCAGAGAAGUCCAGCUCUCGAGGAGUCUUCUUAGCAGAGAUGAGCAUCUGGAGGAUGGUGAGAGCAUUUACUCAUUAGUCCCAGGGAAGAAGCUGACCCUCGUAGUUGAGGAGGUGAAGGAAGAUGGUUCAGUCCUGUUUGGCGUCAGUCGGAUCUCUGGUGCUCAGAAAAUAUCUGCAGCUCAACAUCAGGAGAAAGCAAAAACUUUGGUCACAGGACAGAAGGCAAAGGUUGUGGUGCUACAUGUCGAUCUCCUGAAGUCCCAUAUUCACGUCUCUGUGGAUGAGACUCUUCUGAGAAAACCUAAAGACACAGUUGUUGAAGGCACAACGCAUUCUGCUGUGGUACAGCACGUGGCCGAAGAAUUUACAGUUGUGUCCUUGGAAGACACGGCUCAUCUUGCAGCUAUCCCACUCACAAGUCACUAUAAUGACACUUACCGAUUUGACUCAGAAAAGUUACUAUUUGGAGAGAAAAUCUUGGUGACAGUGAAGAGUUCCAGUACUGAUGAAUAUGGCCUCCUCCUAGCAGUCCAACAUACCACUGGAGAGGAGGAAAAGCUCCACAAAGCCACUAUGGCCCCUGUGAAAAAGAAGCCAAUGAUUGGGGAAGUGGUCACGGGGACGGUAAAAAGUGUGAAGCCCACUAGUGUAAUGGUUUCUGUAACUGAUAAACUAGUUGGGGCGAUCCAUGCCUCCCAAAUAUUGGAAGAAGUGCCGGACGGGGUCCUCCCUACAUCCAAGCUGAGGAUUAAGCAAAAUGUAACCUGUCGGGUAAUAGGAGGGCGAGAUGUGAAGACACACAGAUUCCUCCCAAUUACUCACCCACAUUUGAUGAAGUCCAUUCUGGAGCUCAGUAUGCUCCCGAGUCUGAUGGACACCAACGAGAAGAUUCCAAAUCUCAGAUCUGUGUUGCCUGGGGAGAAGGUGACCUGCUUUGUGGUCAAGUACAAGAAGCAGGAAAAGCAUCUCGAGGUGGAGAUCACUCCUGCCAUCCAUGGGCGAGUUGAACUCCUUCUGCUCUCUAAGUCAAGCAAGGUAUUGAAGCGGCCUGAAAAGUAUUUCAAGCAAGGGCAGGCAGUCUCGGCUACUGUGGUUGGAACAGGCUUUUCCCCAAGAGCACUCCCUCUGUCGCUGACAGACACGCACGCCCUGACAGAAGGUUGUGUGACCACUGGCUGCGUGAAAAGCAUAAGCCCAAACUCUGGUUUAGAAAUAUCAUUGCCCUUUAAAAAGACCGGAAAAGCCAGCCUCUCCCAUUUGGGCGACUGCUAUGCUGAGAGUCCUGUGAAGAACUUUACCGUCGGGAUGUUUGUCAGGUGCUGCAUACUCUCUGUGGAGAAGACCAUUGAGGUGUCCCUUAGGAAGUCUCGGACAUGUCCAGAGUCUGCGAAUGAAGUGACGGAUAAAGAAAUCGCCUCCAUAGACAACCUGGAGGCAGGACAGUUGGUGUCAGUUUUUGUUGGAGCGGUUACAGAAAAGGGGAUCUUCUUCCGGUUAUCGAGCUCCAUUGUCGGCCGUGUUGAGUUUAGGCAUGCUAGUAAUUACUUUAUUGAAGACCCUAAAACAUACUCUACAUAUAUCCCUGAAGGAACCCUGCUUACAGCCAAAAUUCUGUCAAUUAACAGAAAAAAGCAGCGCUUGGAGCUCUCCCUUCUCUCUAAGGAUACGGGAAAACCAGAUGUCAUUCCAAAGUCGGAAAGUUUCACCUUGAGGAAUAAAAUGCUUUCUAAGAGGAGGAGAUCAGAUUCUGAAAGUGAAGACCAGGUCACUAAAAAGAAGCAGAAGAAGAAAACACAAGAAGAGCCUCAAGAUGACGAGGACAGCGGUGUGGAGGUUUACUGCAGAGAGAAUGAAACCGAAACCGAAAAAACUAACAAAAAAAACACGGCUGAUGGUAAGCCUCCUGCCCCACGACUCCAAGUGUCUUCUGGAUUCUCCUGGAAUGUCGACUUAAAUAACCUCAAAACUUCUAUAGCUGGUGGAAACCAGAGCAGUUCAGACAGUGAAGAUGAUGAUGAAGAGCAAACCAAGACUAAGAAGACCAAAAAAAAUAAGCAGAAAACAGAAACUAAGAAGGAAGCCGCUGGUUCAAAUAGAAAGCCGCAAUCAGUGCAGGAGUUUGAGCGCCUUGUCAUAAGCUCUCCGAACGUCUCUGCAAACUGGAUCCAGUACAUGGAUUUCCACCUUCAGGCGACUGAGCUUGAGCAAGCACGAGCUGUGGCCGAAAGAGCCCUCCAGACCAUUUACUUCCGAGAGGAGCAAGAAAAGCUGAAUGUUUGGGUUGCAAUGCUGAACAUGGAGAAUACCUUUGGGACAGAGGAAACCCUACAGAAGGUUUUCGAACGAGCCAUUCAGUACAAUGACCCUUUGAAAGCCUUUCAGAAUUUGGUGGACAUUUACUUGAAGUCGGAGAAGUUAAAGGAAGCCGAGGACCUGUUUAACACCAUGGUGAAGCGUUUCCGCCAGGAGAAGUCUGUAUGGUGGAAAUAUGCCACGUUUCUCCUGAAACGAGGCCAGUCCGAGGCCACGCACAGGUUGCUGCAGCGAGCACUGAAGUGUGUUCCAGAUAAAGAACAUGUUGAUCUGAUUUCAAAGUUUGCUCAGUUGGAAUUCCGCAUGGGCGACGCUGUACGAGCCAAGGCCUUGUUUGAGAGCACAUUGAGCAGCUACCCGAAACGCACAGAUCUCUGGUCUGUUUACAUCGACAUGAUGGUGAAACAUGGCAGCCAGAAGGAAGUCCGGGAUAUUUUUGAGCGAGUCAUUCAUCUGAGUUUGGCACCAAAGAGAAUAAAGUUCUUCUUCAAGCGCUACCUAGAAUAUGAAAAGAAGCACGGCAACGAGAAGACCGUUCAGGCCGUGAAAGAGAAGGCCCUAAAAUAUGUAGAAACUAAAGGGUCCAUCACCACAACAUAGAGCCGGCACGCCUCUGGGGGACUUGUAUUAGUGACUUUGUACAGAUGUGGGAAAACUCCAGAUCCCUGUCGCCCCUGAGACUUGUUUGUGUGGUUGUGUAAAUCACAUGCUCCCUUAUGUAACGACUCUCCGCGGGGAUUAUAAUUCGAUUCAGAUGCUCUACACCGAGAUCUUUGAAAAAAAAAAAAAAAAAAAAAACUAAGACUGAACAUGGACAUCUUUCCGUUUUCAAUGUUCAUUUUAUUGUAUUCAGAGGGGUUUUGUACACAAUUGAUGAAAUUAGGUAAAAAGAUUUGAUAAAGGCCGCUCUGGACAUUUGUAAUGUGUAGUCCUGAGAAGUAGUUCAUUACACAAGGAUCUGCCGUGGGACGUUUCACAAUGACUGAUGGUGGCACAUUCACUACCUCUGACCAGUGAUCUCCAACCUGCUCUUUAACUAUGGGGAAAAUAUAACUCCCAGCAUGCAGUCCACGGUAUGGUCUAAUUUCAGCUUGUAAUGUAAAGGAAUAAUGGCGGCUCGCUUCCACCUACGCCGGUCCUCCGAGUACACAGCCUGAAAAUUCUACAAUAAAAUAAGGUUGGUACUCGAGGUGAAGAGUAUUAAAAUGAUUUGAUUAUUCCAGUGGUAAAUAAAAUACCAACAU